UUGGGCGUGUUGACAGGCGGUUUAUAAAGCAUGCAAAUGACUUAGUGUGAGUACAAAACAACGCGAGAUUGCACGAUUACGCACAGUCACCAACGCAAGUGAAGUGAAGCUUAGCAUUGACUUGAACAGUUGAGUGUGUGCGAGUAUAAAAGGGCGUCUUCUCACACGAAGGAAACUACUGCUCGGUAUAGUCGCUGACACCAGGUCAUUUUGGAAACUGUUACAGGAGUUUAGGAGCCGUUACCAACUGGAAAGAUGUCCGAGGCGGAGCAGACGCGGUUAGAAGUCACGUCCACUGGUUCUGCCUCUGUUCGCCGCACUGUUACUUACAAGGCGUCCGAGCUUGCAAUGUCAUCUAAAGGAAACGACAUCACAAUCCAGCACAUCUCCGAAGCGAAAAGCUACCUCAAUGAAUUUGAGCAGAUGUACCGAAAGCACAGGGCCGAGAUCGACAGCCUCAAAAGAGAUCAUGCGAGCGAGGUCCAACAGCUUAAGCUGGAAAUCGAGAAUUUGAAGCGUCAGAAACGACAAGUAGAGGAGCAGUUUCAAGAGAGCAAGAGUGACAGGAACAGGCUCAAUGAAGAGCUCGUGUCCAUCAGAAAACGGCUCCUGAUGCGAGAGACUGAGUUGGAGGCACUCAAACGCGAACUGUCUUCUAAGAACAACAUCAUCUCGUCUCUUAAGGCCGAUAAGUUGGCGUUACAAAGAGAACUGGAAACAAUCAAAUCCGAGAUGGUUGUGAGCCAAUCAGUGACCACUGUUCAGGAAUCGGCUCCAAUGGAGGAGGAGUUCUUCAACACUCAGAUCUCGGAGUACGAAGCCACCCUGAAGAGUUCCGCAGAUGAAAAGGAGGGGUUACAGGAGGAGAUUCUGAAUCUCCAGACGAAGCUUGCGCGAUUGCAGGCUGAUUACGAUAGAGCCAUUCGAGACUUGGACGCUACCAAGAAGGAGUGCGACCUCAGGGUCAAGAAGUUCGAAGUUCAACUGCAGAAUUCUCAGAAGCAGCGAGAGGACCUCAAGAGGCAGCUGGAGAAGCUAAGAGACGACCUGAAGAAGAGUAAGGAGGCACUGUCCAGUGCACAGACGGAGGCGGUGAACAACAAGAGGACAGCUGACAGACUGCGGGAUGAGGCAGAGGGCAAGAACAGGCAAAUCCGCAACCUGGAGCAGAAAAACGGGGCACUGGAAGAUCAGCUUGAGCAGCUAAAGCAGGACCUCUCUCAGAGCGAGAUGCGCGCAGAGGUGGAAGCCAAACACGUGAAAGACCUCGAGAACGAGAUCCGCUCAUCCGACAGGCGGGUUGCUGAGCAGGAGGCACUGAUCGAGAGCCUCAGAAGCACCAACGAAGAUCUCCAACGCGAGCUUACAAUAUCCAACAGCAGGGUGACCACGCUCGAGAGUCAGAAUGGUAAGAUGACCAGUCGAGUACGAGAACUAGAGAAUGAACUGGUCCGUUGCCGUGCCCGCAUCCACGACCUGGAGAGCGAGUUUGAAAGCGUGAACACCAAGUAUAUACAGCUUCAGUCCACGUACGACUCUUCCAUUAGCGAGGUCGACGGUCUACGAUCCAGAGUAGGAGGACACCAGAGCAAAGUAAAUGAGUUGGAAUCCCGCCACUCCAUCACUUCCAAAGAGAGAGACGACCUCAAAUUGCGCAUCGCUCCUUUGGAAAAGAAGAUCUCGGAGUUGAGACUGGCUCUGGAAAGGAGCGAAAAUUCGCGUGACGAGCUGGAGCGGGAUAUUGAUGUACUGAAGGCUAAGAACUCGAACCUGGAAGCACAGCUCAUUGCAGCAAACAAAGCUAAAGCUCAGCUUAGGGCAGACUUGGACGCUGAGAAGGACAAGAGCUCUCAACUCAGGAAAGAGAUCGCUGCGUUACAGACCCAGUUGGCAGAAGCGCAGCGUAACCUCGACAAGUACAAAAACGACAACGCAAGGAAGCAAAAGGUCAUCGAUGAUUUGCGAGAAACAAUCCGCCGCCUCGAGGGAACUAUCCACGAGAAAGAACAGGACGUCCAACAGCUCAACAUCCAAAACAACAUGCUCGAAGAUGAAAAGAACGACAUCCACGACGAGCUUAUGGAUGGUAAUAAGAAACUGGCGGAGCUAGAGGAAGAUCUUAAGCAGGCCCUGGAAGACAAAGAGAACGCCGAGGGAGAUCUCAUGAACGCACAAAAGGCUAACAACGAUUUGGAAAACGCACUGGAGUCGGCUGAGAAAGAAAAGAGAGACUUCGAAGAGCAGCUGUUAAAUCUGCGGCAAAAUCUUGCGCGCGUGGAGGCGGAGCUUCGUGACGCCCUCAGUAAAAAGGCAGUCCUCGAGGAAGAUGCUAAGCAACACGAUGCCGUUGUGACCAAGCUUAACGACGAAAUAAACCGCCUUCAAGACCUGCUUGCUGAAGCUCAACGUCAAAUCGAUUCCUAUCGCAGAGAGGGUGACACUAAAGAUGCUACAAUCGCUGCUCUCAGAUCUCAGAUUAAUGAUUUGGAUAAAGAAAAUGACGAUUUAAGAGCGGAACUUUCCAAGACAAAAACACAACUUGCAGCCGUCGAAGAAGAGAGGAGAAAACUUCAAAUUGCACUGAACACGAAGAACGAAGAAAUCAACCGUCUGACAGGAGAAAUCGACAUUACAGUCAAACGAAAUGAAGAGUUACAAAGCGAGUGUAUUGUGGUGGCAGACAAAGUGCAGAAUGUCGAGAGCAGCUACCAAGACUUCAUGAGUUUGGCUGGUGAUAAGGAUAGCAUGCUUGAAGGAGAACAAGAAAAAAAUGCACAGCUGGAGAAAGAGAUCAAGUCCCUCAAAUUGAAGAUCAAAAUGCUUCAGGAUAGAGAUCAAUCCAAAGAAAUCGAGCAACUAAAGGCGGAACUCGAUGCUGCCAAUGAGGAAAUCUCUAAGUUACACGAUCGCAUCCAGCAACUGGAGGGUGAGAAAGAUGACCUUGCACGUGACAUCCUCGUGGCGCAAAGUGACCUUGCACAGAAGGAGACUGACCUAGAAGCUGCUGAUAGAGACAAAGAAAAGGCCGAGGACGACCUGUACAAUGUCCAAGGAAAGAUCGACAACCUCGAGAGCCAACUGGCCGCUCAACGCAAGCAAAAUGCUCAACUGAAGGACAACUUAAAGGAUGCCAACAACAAGAUCGUCAAAGCCAAAGAAGAAAACAACGACCUUCAGGCUAAAGUAUCCCAAUUGGAGAAAGUCAAUGACGGUCUAAAGAACUUGAAUAGUAAGAAGGACACAGUAAUCUCCAACCUCAAUGACAAGAUAAAGAAGUUACAAAGCGACUUGGCCGAUGCUAAGCGGGAAGUUAUUGCUGCAAACGUAACAGCUGAGAGCCUCAGGUCUGACAAGAAAGAUUUGGAGCGUAAACUUGAAGAGCAAUCGAAGCGAAUUCAGCGACUCGACCAGGAAAUAAAAGAUCUGAAGGCACAAAGAAAUGCUCUGGAGACUGACCUCUCCAACAAGACGCAUAAGUUGGCGCUCAUGGAGUCUCAGCUCAACAGUAUUAAAAAAGAAAGAAAUGCCUUGAAAGAGGAAGUUUCAAACCUUAGCGACCUUUUGAAGAAGCUCAAGGAAGAAAACUUGACUUUCCAAACCGAGAUACGACGAUUGGAAAAGGACUUAGAAUCAAGAAUCAAGGAGAUACAGGACAAAGAUGCUGUCAUUGAACGACUAAAAGCUGCGAAGGCCGCAGCGGACGCAGAACUCCUUAACUUGAAGAAAGAACUGAUGACAACUCGAAAUGCCCUCGACGCCGCCCAGAACAAGAUAAAAUCUUUAGAAACCAGCCUUAAACAAGUCAACCUCAGCAUGAAUAAGCUCGAAGUCACUAUUCAAAACUUAAAUAGGGAGCGAGAAGAACGAGACCGAACCAGUUCCACUCACGACACCCAAUAUAUUGAGAUUGAGACUCUCUACAAGGCUAGCCAGGACCGCGAGAACCGGUGGAAGCAGGAGCUACAAGCCCUAAAAGUACGCUUGGAGAAGAUGGAGUCUGACUAUCGCAAAGUCCAACAAGAGAACGUCGAUCUCCGAGCUAGAGUUAACGCCUUAAACAAGAAGGUCCGCGACCUGCAAGCUGCCUGCGAUCGUAGUGACAAGGAAAAGCAAGCCAUUCGAGGAGACUUAGAAGCUGCCAACAACCAGGUGGCUGAUCUGGAGGUAGCAUGUGAUAAUGAAGAAAAAGAAAAGGACUCUUUCAAGAAGCAGCUGGAAGAUGCCCUAGAAAAACUGGCGAAGGCAAGAAAACAGAAUCUCGAACUCGAACAGGCCAUCGUCGAAAACAAGAUACAGCUCGAGGAAGCUGAAAAGGAACUGACAGAAAAAGAUAACGAAAUCAAGAACUUAACAGCCAGCAAAGAAUUCUUAGAAGGCCAACUUGACGCUGCCAAGUCCAGCUUAGACAACGCACAAGACGAGAUUAAUUCAUUGAAAGCUGAAGAUGCUCGUAAGCAGAAUGAAAUUCUAGACUUGCAAAACAAGAUAAACGAAUUGGAGGCUCGCAUCGUUAAACUGACAGGGGAGAGAGAUCGAGCACUCGACGAGGCCCAGAUCAAUGCAGACAAAAUCGCCAAUCUUGAGCAGCAUAUCAGAGUCCUGGACAGCGAGAGGGCAACACUCGUAGAGAAGAUUGAAGAAUUGAAGAAGGAACUAAAUAAUUUACGCGAGGAAAGAAUGGAUGUUGACAAGCAGCUAACAGAACUUGAGGGCAAGAUCACUUUCCUGACGAAAGAGGUUGAGAACAGAGAUAAGAUCAUAGCUGAUUUGAGGAACAAAGACGAAGUGCUAGAAAAGGAGCUUGAUAAUCUGAGGAAGAACUUGCGCCGCUUGGAGAGUGAAAAUGAAUCGGCCCGUCAAAAGAUAAGAGAACUGGAGAAAGCUUAUCAAUCUUCCAAUGAGCGGACGACAUUGCUUGAAAGCAAGAGUGACAGCAAUCGUGACAGGGCUAAGCGUCUCGAUGAGGAAAAUAUUAGCUUGAAGCGAAAGAUCGCAGAACUGGACAUCGCUAAUAAGAUCAAUGAAGAUAAAGGCCAAGAACUGCAGGACAAACUCCUGAAAGCCCAAGAACAAAUUGUCAACUUGGAAUCAGCCCCAGCAAUGGAACCCUCUAUUCUCGUGGAAUCAGAAAGCUACGUUGUUGAAUCGGAUGUCGGAGGUGGAAUUGAAGUUGAACUUCUCAAGAGAGAUUUGGAAGACCUGAAAGAGAAAAAUGGCCAACUUGAGAAGCAACUACGACAGGCUCUUGAUUCAAAAGCUCAGUUGCAAGGCCAAGUACAAACUCAAGACAAGACGUUGAAGGAUAACGAUGAAACCAUAUUGGACCUAGAGAGGCGUAUUAAAGAGCUCACCAUUCGUCUUUCAAAAACCGGAGAUCAGACUGAUGCUCCAGGCAUUGUUGCUUCUUUGCGCGCACAAAAAGACGCUCUGGAACGGGAUAACCAGAUGCUGAAGAAAGAACUCGAAGCUGUUAAAGCAAGCCUUAAUGAUUCACAGAAGCGCCGUGCAGAUGUCGAGAACCACCUUUACCAGAUAAAGAGGAAGUUGAACGAGGCCGAACUCAAGCUCAACAUGGUCAAUACUCAGAACGAGAAUCUCCACCAGGAAUUGUUGAGGGCACAGGAGAAGAACACUGCUAUCGAGGCUGAACGAGAUCGCGCACUACAAGAGCAAGCCAACCUGCGCGGAGAAUUAGCUGAGACAGGAGAGCGUUUGCAAAGGGCACGCAGUGAAUUAGAUGGCUCCAAGAUGCAAGUGCGUGACCUACAAGGAGAAAUCCAAUCCCUGAAGCGGGACCUAGACGAUAGGCAGAGUACGAUCAACUGGCAUGUUAGCAACGAGCGCCAGCUGAAGGACGAGAUAGCCUCUUUGAAGAGAAAGCUGGAUAACAUGAGAGAAGCUAAUGAAAACCUUACCGAAACGGUGGACAACUUGAACGCGCAGAUACAAGAUAAAGAGGCGAAGAUUGCCGAUCUUGAGCACCACACGACUCUCCUCCGAGAUGAGAACGAAAAGCUACGAAGAGACCUGGCCACUGCUAAUGCUAACGCGGCGGACUUUAAGAAGAAGUACCUUAACGCCUUGAACGACAUCGAACGAUUACAGAACGAACUGAACAUGAAGAUACAGAAGAUUAGAAGCCUGGACAAUCGCAUCAAAACACUGGAAGCAGACAAGAAUCGCAUCAGGAUGGAGAUCUCCGUUCUCAAGAAGACCAUCUCGGAACAAAAGAUCCAACUGGAAGCAAAUCGUCAAGUAAAGGAUACCUUCAGGUCCGAGGUUAUCGUACAGAGUGUUGGUCCUAGUCUUCAGUCAGCUCCAGAUACGUUCCAGUUUAAAGAUGACUCUGUGCCAAACAAGAAGUACAAGGACUUGGAAUCAUCGUACAAGAAAGUACUUCGAGAAAAGGAAGAUGGAGUUAAAGAUAAUGCAUCACUCAGAAGCAGAAUAGCCAAACUAGAAAGUGAACUCGCCGAUACCAACAGAGCCAAAAAUGCACUAGAGGGAGAUUCCAUGUGGAAGACAAAGAGGAUAGACCAGCUUGAAAAUGAGCUAAAGGAUCUACAGUCUAAAGACAUGGUUGAUUCCGAUGAAGCUCUUGGAUGGAAGAACAGAAUAACUCAGUUACAGCAAGACUUGGACGCUGCUAAGAACAAGAUAUUCCGUCUCGAGGCCAAGAACGAAACUUAUGAAGGAAAGGUGAAAGACUUCAGCGAAGAUUUGAUAAAGGCGAGAGAAAGGAUAGCCCAGCUAGAGGCAAAGGCAGAAGAGGACCAAGAUAAAAUUGAAGAUCAGCGGAAGGAACUGAUGGAAGCGUACAAAAAGGUAGCGGAUCUCGAGGCAGCCACAAAGUCUUGCCAGAACAGCAAGAGUGAACUGAACGGUGUGAUACAGACCCUCCGAGACAAGAUCGAGGCUCUGGAUAAUGAACUCCAGAAAGAAGCCAAACAGCACGCUCACGUUAGAGGCACUCUUGACCAAGUGAAGAUAAAGAACGAAGACCUCAAACUGGAAAUCGCAAAGCUGCAAAAGAAACUGAGGGAACUGCAGCAGCAGUAUGACUCGCAGGUACAAGAGUGGUCAGAACGAAAGUACACCAUUGAUGGCCUAGAGAAAGAAAACGCCGAAUUGAUGGCCGAAUUGGAAAAGUUAAGGCGAGAACUGGCUAGCUACAGGAACGACUUCGACAACUUGGCGACGGAAAAGCGCGAUUUACAAAAUGAGUUGAAUCAAAUGAAUCCAAGGAUUGAGGACCUCGAGGGUCGACUGCAGAGGGCCUUGGAAGACAAGGCCAGGUUUCAAAUGGAACUAGAGGACGUCAAGAGAGCUUUGGAAGAGGCCAGACGCGAGCCAGAGCCAAUGAUUCGUCAAGUUUCAGGCGGCGGUUUGGAAGCUGGUGUGGACAUGUUUCCUGACAUGUCCUCUGACCUUGAAGCAACCAAGAGCGAACGCGACCGUCUUAGCAGUGAUGUUUCCUCCUGGCAAAACAAGUACAAUACUUUAGUAAACAGCUACGACAACUUGGACGCUGACAAGAAACGCCUAGAAGACAAACUAGACUCCAUGCAGAAAACUAUCAAUAACUUAGAGCACAGCAACCAGACCCUAACAUCCGACAAGAACAGGUUGACUGUCGAGCUGGAAUCAGCCAAACGAAAGAUUGCUGAUCUCUUGUCCGAGUUGGACUCUGCAAGACGCGAUAAGGACACCUUAAAAAUAGACUACGACCUACUGCAAAAGAAGAUCACAAAAAUCGAGGCCGAGUAUGAAAUCCACAUCAGCACUCGCCACGAGUAUGAUGACUCCGGCGCUUAUGCCAAACUGCAAGAAGCAUACAAACGCAGCCAAGAGAGAGAAAACGAGGUGCAAGCUGAGCUGUUGACCUGCUAUAAGGUUAUCGGAGAGUUGAAACACCAGUUAGGCGGCGCACACGAGACCAUUGAGAGGCUGACAAUCACCUACAACACCGAGACCAUCAGAAGUGCGACACUACGUGACGAAGUUGUCAGCUACCAGAGGAGACUCUCAGAACUGGAGGAGAAGUAUGAAAUCAACAGAGGAGCAAACGAGGACAUGGAGAACGAGCUGACAGUGCUACAACAGCGAAUGGAGGAGAUGAGCCGAGAGAACGCGUCCAUCCAAGAGUCAAAGGCCGUUGUGCUUGUUGAAGUUACCAACCAGCGCAACAAAAUAACGCGCCUUGAACAACAACUUGAAGAUGCCGAACGAGAAAAGGAAAGCCUGAGACUCCAGUUGGCCGCCAUGCACAACAAGGGAGAAGCUGAUGCACAUGAGAUAAGCAAACAGAUCUCUGAGUUGUCGGAACGCAGCCUAUCGUUCCGCCGCGAAAAGGAAGACCUUGAAAGGCAGCUUUCCAGAAAGCAUGCAGAGGCCGUGGAAAGCGCUGGAGAAAUCAAUGUUCUGAGAACUGAAAUUGAUGACUACAGACGCGCCCGGACCUUGGAAGAACAGCAACGCUCUGGAGAACUCCAGUCCCUCAAGCUUACCAUGGACGAGUUACAGCGUGAAAAUGAAGCUUUAAAGACGCAGGGGUACAGCUCAUCCACGAAAAAGCAAAUCGAAUCUUUCUUCGACCUGGGAGGUGGCGGUGACGCAGACCUCGGGCCAUCAGCCGAAUCCACCCGAUUUGAGCUCGACGACGACGAUUUCGAGGGAGGCGAACAGACCGUGACCACCCGUACCGUGAAGGUAAAAAGCUUAAGGAAAACGAGAUCCUAAAGAAAUGCAAGGACACUGUUUGUUAUUAUUUGAGCGAAUGAAAACUAAAAUCCCAUUUUUCAACUCUGCAAACUUUAGCUAGUAGCUGCUUAACAAUUGUCACAAGUGAUCAUUUAGAAUGUUUUUUGGGUAAUAGGCCAAAUGUUCAGCCUUUUGCGUUAGGUGAAGGCGUGUAAGGUUAGUUUUGCACCACACUCUUAACUUUUUUGGUAAAAAUAGAGGUUUGAAUCUCCUUAGCAUCUGCGCUAUAACAGUCAGGUGUUGGAGAAGUUUCCGUAAAAAGUAAACACUAUUUUUCUAAUAUUUUUUCUAAUAAAUGUUUAACUAACAUUACCGUUUAUUGCCUGACAGUAUAAGAGUGCAAUCUUAAACUGGGAAAACUGUGCAAGAUGGCAGGUUUAAGUUUCUAGUUGUGACGCGGUGCGUUUGACUGGUCGUUGCAAUUCUAUUCUUGAACAAAAUGCUUGAUUAAGCGGCGACAACAAAAUGGACUAAGUUUUCCCAGUUUAAUAAUAGGUCCACACCGUCAAAUCGAAACAAAAAAGCUAGUUGUUAUGUGUUUUGUAUAAGUAGCUUGAAUUUCAAAUGUUUCCUGUUAUAGAAAGUAGUAUCUUGCCAGCUUACUUGUGUCCUUACUAGGAACAUAAUUUAAGAAGAUGCAGUUGGCUCUGGCAACACGAGCCGGGAAAAGCCGACGAAAACAUAAUGAGAAUUCGAAAGAAAGCAGGUUUGGUUGAGCUGAACAACGCUCAAUAGGAAAUCAUAGCUGUCCUCCGUCACAGUAGAGUAAAACAGAAUGAAAAUAGGAAACGUUUAUUCUGCAGCUUUCAUAUUAAAUUGGAAGUAGCUACUAACAGUGUUUAGCUUAAUAAGUGCAACUAAAAGUGUGUUACACCUUUUUUUAAAACUACUAAUAAAUGCAUCUUAAAAUCA